UAUUAAAUCCCACAGAUGGACGGUGGAUACCUGUCUGCCUACACGAGCAGCAUGGGACAGAACCAGGAGAAAAUGGAGGAGGGAGAAGAAAUCCAUGUUGAAGAACUGGAGGAGUCGGGGCUGGGCCGUGAUUUUGGAAGCAUAGACAGUCAUGCAGUGGAAGGAGGGAGCUCAUGUGAAGAGGAGGCUGGGGGAAAGUCAGGUGAUGGGGGUAAUCAGCAUCAGAACGAGUGCCCCAGCGGUGAACUAACUACAGCUAGGAGACACAAGCAAUUGUGUGAGAGUCAUUUUGCUGCAAGGGAGGUGAGACAGGGAGGGGCUGCAGAGAAGGAGGGCGGAGGUGAACCAGUGGGAGGAAACCGUAGCGCUCUUUUAGUUUCACAUGAGAUGGACCAGAACUCCAACACCAGCUUAGGAAUUCAGAGGCUUGAAAGAGCAAACGAGCCAUUUCACCAACUCGGCACAGACAAAAGGAAAGGUGUUCUUCAAGCAUUAACAAGGAUCAGGAUGGAGCAUCGUGCUGAAGACACUUUACCACAAAGAGGUGAAAACUCAGAGGAGGAGAGCUCUUUUGACAACUCUGUUCAGAACUCUGUGAUACCGAGGAGCAAUGGAACUCCAACAGGAAGUCAGCUGCUGCCCGUUCCAGCUCUGAAUGAAGCUGGGAAUGAGGAUAUGGAGCUGAGUGAAGGAACAGCAAGCAUCUUGAGUGGAAGGAAGGAACCACCUCCAGCUCAGCCCCCACAUCCUUUAAAAAACUAUCUAAAGAAAGAGUCUUUAUUAGAUGUGAGUGAUGCCAUUUACUGUGGAGACCCAAAAGAGAAAACGGGGUGUAACACAACAGAAAGAGGUGAUGCAGUGUAUGUUUUGGAUGAAAACUGUUCUGUAAAACCAAAAAUAAAUGGAGAUGAUCAGGAGGAGCAUCCACAGAUGAACUCAUCCGAGACCAACAACUUCAUGCCCUCAGGUUCAACAUCAAACACAGCCGAGCUCACUGAGCCGAGUUUCAUUUUGGAGAAACUCCUGAGGAGAAACAAAACAGAGGCAACCCCUUCUUUGUCUAAAAUAAAAGAUGUUCCUGGGAAUGCUGAGAAGAUGCUCGACAGUUCAUCAGCAAUCUUAAGUGACCAUAAUGGUCGGUCUGAAAGGGAUGCAAGGAAAGUUUCCAGCAAUCAAACAAAAACAAGUUUUAUAUUAAAGGAUUCUCAAAGUAUGGAGCCGAAAGUAAGAAAGACAGUUGGUGCUGACAAGCCAGUCCCAGAUUUACUACAUAAGCCUGCGGGGCCUGCUAAUGUGAGCGAAUGCUUACUCGCAUCACAUCACUCAAGAGGUGAGGACAUCAGAUCAACAGGUCCAUCUGCAAAGCCAAGUCUGAAUCCAUCCCACAGCGUACAACCAGCCGUUUCACAUGAGGGAGCAUCAUGUGAGGAGCCUGUUGUGAUUUCUAAGGAAUCUGCUCUUUACUCUGAACUUCAUGCUGAGCAGCCGUCUGCACAAAGCACUGAGCAAGUUGUAGACUCGUCCCAGAUCUGUGCUGUUGGGAAGACAAACUCUGUAGGAGCACAUCCACUGAAAACGAGCAGCAUCACAAUUAAAACACCUGGUGCUGACAAGGCAGAUCCAAGUGGACAGGUGGGCUGUGAUGACGCUGCUGCGCCAGCUGGGGAUGCUAGAGCAUUAGUCACAGAGGAAACAAACCAGGUAUCAGCCAGCAAGAAGCAGGAUCUUCACAUUUUGACACCUAAUGCAGGAAAUACACCAGAUCAAGAUGAGAUGAAACUUUGCAAAGAGAAAGACAACGGUGUCCUGGAAAGGGACAAAUCUCAGGGCACUCCUAAACCGAGGCCUGUUUCAGAGCUCGUAAAGGAGACAAUUCAGCUGCAUGAGAAGCUGCAGCACCAUGACAGGCCCAAACCAGCAGAGAUGAAGUCUGAGGAGCAGAGCCAGUCUGUGAAUGUGGCACAGAUGAAGGCUGCAUUUGACUCACCUCAGAGAGCAGCUGACAAGGGGUUUGAGAGGAAGCCAUCAAUGAGAAGAGAUAUGAGACGAGUUGUACGACAGAGCAAGUUCCGUCACGUCUUUGGCCAGGCGGUGAAGAAUGACCAAUGCUACGAUGACAUCAGAGUUUCCAGGGUCACAUGGGACAGCUCCUUUUGUGCAGUCAAUCCCAAGUUUGUUGCUAUAAUUAUUGAGGCCAGUGGUGGUGGCGCUUUCCUUGUUCUCCCUCUUCAUAAGACUGGACGCAUCGACAAAGCCUACCCAACAGUAUGUGGCCACACAGGCCCCGUGCUAGACAUCGACUGGUGCCCCCACAACGACCAGGUCAUCGCCAGCGGCUCCGAGGACUGCACAGUGAUGGUAUGGCAGAUUCCUGAGAAUGGCCUUGUCACCCCUAUGGCGGAGCCAGUGGUGGUCCUGGAAGGCCACUCUAAGCGUGUGGGCAUCAUCACGUGGCAUCCAACAGCACGCAACGUCCUCCUUAGUGCAGGUUGUGACAACCAGGUAAUUAUCUGGAACGUGGGCACAGGGGAGUCCAUGAUCACCCUGGAGGACAUGCACCCUGAUGUUAUCUACAACGUCUCCUGGAACCGUAACGGCAGCCUCAUCUGCACCUCCUGCAAGGACAAGUCCAUCCGUGUCAUCGACCCGCGCAAGGAAACCAUCAUCGCUGAGAAGGAGAAGGCGCACGAGGGCGCUCGACCCAUGAGGGCCAUUUUUCUCUCAGAUGGCAACAUCCUCUCCACCGGUUUCAGUCGCAUGAGUGAGAGACAGCUGGCUCUCUGGAAUGUGCAAAACAUGGAGGAACCCAUGACUGUUAAUGAGAUGGACACCAGCAAUGGAGUGCUUUUGCCCUUCUAUGACGCAGAUACCAACGUGGUUUACCUCUGUGGGAAGGGUGACAGCAGCAUCCGCUACUUUGAGAUCACAGAUGAGGCUCCAUAUGUUCACUUCCUGAACACCUUUGUCACCAAGGAGCCUCAAAGAGGCAUGGGCUACAUGCCCAAGAGGGGCCUUGAUGUGAACAAGUGUGAAAUUGCAAGGUUCUAUAAACUGCAUGAAAGGAAGUGUGAACCCAUUGUGAUGACUGUUCCUAGAAAGUCUGACCUGUUCCAGGACGACUUGUACCCAGACACAGCUGGACCAGACCCCACCCUGGAGGCUGAGGAAUGGUUUGAUGGUAAGAAUGGAGACCCUAUCCUCAUCUCCCUGAAGAACGGCUACGUCCCGGGCAAGAACCGUGAGUUUAAGGUGGUCAAGAAGAACCCUUUGGAUUGCAAAGGCACCAAGAAGACUGAGCACUCCAGCCAUGCCCACAAGUCUGCCUCCCCAACUCCAUCAAUUAAAUCCGAAGCAAAGAUGGAGGAGAUCCUGAAAGAAAUCAAAUCCCUCAAGGACCUGAUCAGCAGUCAGGAGAAGCGAAUCAUCAAACUUGAAGAGCAAAUGUCUAAAGUUGACCUUUAAGGACCCUUCAGCCUCCAACCCGCUACAAUUCAGGACGUUCCAUUGGCUGGGGAGUUUGCAGGAGCAGUCACUGCCUAUCUUAAUGACAGUGUUUGGACUGACUCCUGCCAAGCAAAAACCCCUAGCAACAUUCCAGAUGAACUUUUUCUUAGCUAGCCCCAAACCCUCUGUUAACACAGGUGGAAUAGGAAGGAUGUGGUAAAUUUAACAGAACGUAUUUUUUGCAUAUUGGUGACAUACAACUCAUUUCUUUUGAUUUUGCCUUGUCGGAUAAAAACGUCCUAAUUCUUCUAAUUUCAGAACGACCAAAACAAACAAACAAACCGUGUGUCAACAACACUUCCUUUGUAUGUUGAUGUGUCUGUAUUCUUAAACAGCUCUCAUGUUUCAUGUUAGCCUGGCCCAAAAUGAAAACGUUGCCAAAUUACGGAUUAUGUUUACACCUUGUUAACAGUAUUUUUCUCUUUAAAAUGCAAACAGUAAAACUUGAUGCUGCAGACUCUUUUCUAUUAAAUUAAAAUUGAAAACAAAUGAAGAAAUGCAUUCACGUUGGUCUCUUUAGACAUGCUAAAUAACGGAUGGCGGUUUGUACGGAUGCUGAACACAUUGAUUUGCUGCUCCGGUUUCAUUUUAUUUCUUACAUUUUUAUUUUUGUGUCAUAAAAUCAGCCUGCUAAAAUAACAGGAGAAAACGACGUUCCACUGAUCUGAUCAGGUUUGUUUUGUCAAAGUGCAGCCUCCAGCAUCAGUGUUUAUUGUUCAUGGGCUUCCUGAACCCAUAAGUUGAGGUUUUUUUUUUUUUUUUCAUGAUAUGACACCCCAGAUCUGUAUUUUCUGCACAAUCACAAAAGAAAAUAAUUAACAUAUCAACUUGAAAAUUUCAAACCUGGUUGUAAAGCUGGAUGUUACUACAGACCUCUAGGACUGUGUGUGUAGAUGUCCCUUAUACCUUUGGCUUUUAGUUUCCCAUCGCUUCAGAUAUUCCUAAUUUUUGUUUCUUAUUCUAGAGAUUAUAAAAAUCUAAGACCUGCCUCUAAUCUGGAGAAACGAUAAAAUAGUUUAGAUGCCACUCCCUGGUUAGUUUUAACCUGUUUCUUGUUCCAGCUGUGCUUAUAUCCCUCUUAGCACUUCCACUUUUUAGUUAUUCUGAGUUUAUUUUUCCAUUCAGUACAAAUCUAGGAACCAGUAAGUGGUCCAACCUGCUCCAAUAAAAGCUCUAUUUUUGAUUUUUUUAAACUGGUUUCCCAAUGGGAAGCUGAGACGGGUAAUGGUUCAGUCUGUUUGCCUUCAUUAAUUGUGAACACUGUAAAGACCUGAAAGUGCCAUAGAGGAAACCCUGGAAGUGUGUAUUAGACUGUUGUAGUGAGUGGAAGAAGGGAGGUGUCUGGAUUUAAAACGUUCCAAGAGUCCUGCUGCUCCGUCUAACAGCAGAAAGCUGCUGGGAUUUUCCAUCGGAGCAGGUAGGAAACAUGGAUUUCAUACCAAGAAUCUCUUGGCUGAGUACACCGGUCUUUCAAUUCAGUGGGUCUCAAAGAUGCACUUUGAGCAGCAGAAUAAUGGUGACCGUAAAAAUCUGUGUUCAGGCAGAAAUGAUCCUGCCACUCUAGAGGAACAUUGUUGGCACAAGCGUAUCUGAAUUGUAGCAAUCCAAAGGGACGGUGUAGGAUGAGGAAAUGUGCAGUUGAAUGAUAGAUGUGUUUGUUACUAAGGUUUAGGAAAAAUGAGUGAAAGUUGUGUAAAUAUACCAUGAUCUUUUUUUUCUUUUAAAAUUUCUGUGGUUGUGCUGAAGAGGGUAUUCGUAUGGGUGGUGGGUUUUAAAUGUUUCCCCUGUUUGUGUUCCUCGCACCUUGCCAAUGAGUAAAGCAGAACCUGUUAGAAAAUGAAAAAAAUCUAAUCAGACAAAACCCAACCAGAACCAAGCCUGGUCGAGUUCUGCUCAGCAUUUUUGUUUAAUAUUCUUGCUUCAAACAUUGAUUAUAAGAAAAUAAAGAAUUUUUAAAAUGUG